CGCCUAGCACAGAGUACUAUAUAGUCAGACUCUGUCAGACACCAAGCGCUUCGCAAUAGUCUCUAUUAUUUUGAGUAUCCAUUAUAUUUAUUACUUUUUACCCACAGAAUAUUAUUAUGGUUGCCUUUGCCCAAGUUUGCCACAGAGAAUAGAUUAUAGAGUUUAAAUUGACUGUCAAACUUAUGCCAUCAUCGAAUUGUAUGUUGUCGAUUGGUACGAUGCUUACAUUCGACAAUAUAUUUACAUGGCUUACUAUGAGAACGUGACCAAUUUUUUCCUAUUUUAAACAUUCAAAUGGAGAAUUUGGAAGCUGUAAUUUGCACCAAAGAAUAGUGGAAAACAAUACAAUUAUCACUUUCGUAUAAGAUAAAAAUGUCGAAGAAUGGCGAGGUGUCAUCAAACCAAGGCCCGAGUAGACCGACUAUGCCGAAGCCUGAAUUGAACUUAUUUGGCUUGGAGAAGCGCAAAGGUUUGAACCUACAGAUUGCCGGAGGUCCAUCAGGGGACGGUGCAGCAUUUAUGCCAUUUCCUGCAAACCCGCCCCCUGUACAGAGACCCCGAGUUCCCUCUCGUACCAUUAGAGAUGUAUUGCCUGAAAACACAAGAGACAGAUGUAGGAUAUAUCCGUCCAUGCAAUCAUCAGGCAAAUUGCAAUUGUCUGCAACAGAAGUAUAUGACUUCACAUCUGAUGAUCUGCAGGAUCUUGGUGAAAUAGGCAGGGGUGCGUUUGGGGCAGUAAACAAAAUGGUCCAUAGAAAAACAAACCGUGUUAUGGCUGUGAAGCGUAUCCGCUCUACUGUUGAUGAGAAGGAACAGAAGCAACUAUUGAUGGAUCUUGAAGUUGUUAUGAAGAGCAAUGAGUGUGGAUACAUAGUGCAGUUCUAUGGAGCUUUAUUUAAAGAGGGAGACUGUUGGAUUUGCAUGGAGUUAAUGGAUACUUCAUUAGACAAAUUUUAUAAGUUUAUAUGUGAAAGGAUGCAGACUCGAAUACCUGAAAACAUUUUAGCUAAAAUAACACUUGCAACAGUUAAAGCUUUAAAUUAUCUAAAAGAAAAAUUAAAAAUAAUUCACAGGGAUGUAAAACCAUCAAAUAUUUUAUUGGACCGAAGAGGAAACAUCAAAUUAUGUGAUUUUGGUAUAUCUGGUAAGCUAGUGGACUCAAUAGCACGCACUCGGGAUGCAGGGUGCAGACCAUACAUGGCUCCGGAGCGCAUUGAUCCUGGUCGAGCUCGUGGUUACGAUGUGAGGUCAGAUGUCUGGUCCCUUGGCAUUACUCUCAUGGAGGUAGCCACUGGGGCCUUUCCUUACCCGCGCUGGGGAUCUGUUUUUGAACAGCUACAACAGGUUGUACAGGGUGACCCACCAAGGCUAACCAACACUAACAAUGCUUUUUCCAACAAUUUUGUCAACUUUGUCAAUACUUGCCUCAUUAAAGAAGAAAAUCAGAGACCUAAAUAUAACAGAUUAUUGGAACAUCCAUUUAUUAAGGGUAUUGAUCAAAGCAGGGCUGAUGUUGCUGCAUAUGUUUGUGAAAUAUUAGAAGCCAUGGAGCGUAAUGGUGUAAGUCCUUUCACAACAGACCAGCCUGCACAGGCAUGGGUUGAUUAAUUUAUUACUAUCCAAAACUAUUGUGUGGGAUAUUUGCUUGAUAUAAAUUUAAUAACACCAAUUCACACUUGCAAUAUUUUACCAUACAUUUUUAUAAAUUUAAAGUCUGCUCAAGGAAUAUAAAAUUGUUUGUUAAGAAGACACUAAAUUGUAGUAAUUUCUUCUGUUCUGGUUAAUCCAUUUUGUGGUUUUGGAACCGUAAUUAUCGCGAGACAUACUAAGUUUAUUGAAAAUAACUUACUCAUGGAGUCGGCUGCGCGACGUCGGUCGUCGGGCCGCGCACGCUGCUCGUGAUUAAGAAUCCCGUUGGAACUUAAAACUCAGAGAGCCAUUUGAGAAUUGUUGGGAAAUCAUGUUACAUAAAGAACCAUUCUUGAUAAAUCUAUAUAUCUAUCUCAUUUAUCAAGGAACUAGAAUUUAUAAAAUUUACUCACAUUUCUCGAUCGUGUAUAAAAGGGGUCAUUUCGAAUAUUGCAAACACUAAUUAUAUAUAAAUCUACUAUCUUUAUUG